GGCAAUUACCGCGGUUGAGCCUGGGGAGGGGGUCGCUAAGCGGAGCAGGAUGGCGGAGGUCUGCGCAACUUCAGGGGAGCUCAGCCUAAUGGAUAAAGGCAUCAAGAGUUUAGCAGAGCUGCCUUUAAGUUCAGAACUUCACACACUCAACUUGCACUGUAACCUGAUUGCCAGAAUUGAAAGUCUUGAUCACCUGUUGAACUUAGAACAUCUAGAUCUCUCAUCAAAUCGCAUACAUUGGAUUGAAGGUCUAAGCUGCCUUGCAAACCUCCGUACCUUAAAUUUGGCUUGCAACUUGAUAACAAAAGUUGAAGGGCUGGAAAAAUUAUAUAAUUUAACUAAACUGAAUUUAUCGUACAACCGUAUAGAUGACCUUUCAGGACUUCUACACCUUCGAGGACCGAACUAUAAAAUUAAUCAUAUUGAACUUCACAGCAACAGUGUAAAUAAUGUUAACCAUUUACUUCAAUGCCUUUGUGGACUGCAAUACUUGACAAAUCUUACUUUGGAGAAAAAUGAAAAAAGUAACCCUGUGUGCGCCAAAAUAGGCUACAGAGAGAUUCUUCUUCAGGCUUUACCUCAGCUGACUAUCUUGGAUGGGAAGAAUAUAUUUGGUGAACCAGUUAACUUAAUGGAACCAAACUCAUCUGAUUUGAAGUGCUUGGAAGAUUUCUUAAGCUGUUUAGUUUCAUCCAGUUAUACAGACGAAGAAGAGACUUAUGUCAAUUUGCCAAUAAUAACACCACGUAUUGAUCAAGUAUUAGCCCGGUUUCGCCAGAGGGCAAAGAUGUCACCUUGGACUACCACUAGCUCUUCCACUGAAAUAAUGUCAUCUUUUGAGCCAGAAAAAAUUAAAUUUGAUAAUGACUCAAGGAUAAAAAGACUAGAAGAACAGAUAUCUCACCUCCUGCAAAAGGUUACUAAUUCUUCAAAAGCUGAUGUGACUGUGAAAGCCAAAAAAGAAACAGAUUUUACCUCAGAGAGUGGUAGUGAAAGUGGAAAAGAGAAUAGAAAAGCUACUAAAAGAAGCAAGUUGCCUAAUUAUCGGAAAAACACUUUAUCAACCAAGCUCCGUUCUCAAAGGGGCAAACUGUCAGCCAGAGAACAAGAGAAAGAUUUCAUCAAGUCUAAAUUUCAAAAAUCCCACAUCAAAGAGGGACAAAGUUCAAGCCCAGCUUCAGAAAUUGCAAGUUUGAAAGUAGUGGGGGAAACACCGGAAAAACUGGGUGGACCGAAAAGUCAACUGAAAAAACUAAAUGUGGAUACUGGUAUUCAAGAAGAAUUCACUUACAGGGUACUAAUUCAAGAAUUAGAUCAGGAGAGAGAGAAGCGAUGGAAAGCUGAACAAGCUGAAAAGAAACUGAGUGAAAGCAUUAAGCAGCUGCAGAACCAGGCCAAAGAAGAAAAAGAUAUUCAAAGCCUAGCUGUUUACACUACAGAUAGGCUAAGGGAGCUGAUUUUGAAAGAACGAAAUGCAAAGACAAGACUUCAGGCUGAUAUUCGGCAACUGAAAGAUGAAGCUGAAAAACUUGGUAAGGAGCUAGAACGGUCCAAACAAAAAGAAGAGGAUCAGCAAAAGGCUCUCCGUGCUUUAGAAGAAGCUCUCUCCAAGCUGGAGUCACAAAAAGCACAGCAGCAAGCUUCAGAGAUGAAAAGAAUUCAAACUGCAGAACUUAAAGCAUCAGCAGCUGAGAGAGAAGUACAGUUACUUCGAAUAUGUCUUCAGCAACAAAAAGAAAAGGUGGAACAAGUCCAUGAACUCCUAACACUAAGAGAGCAGGAACACAGAGGUGUAGGGGCUGGUUGUAAUACAAAGGAGGUCGUGGAGAGACUGAGAUAUCUUGAAGCAGAAAUUGAAGAACUAGAAAUAAAAGAAAAGGAACUGGAUCAGCAGAAACUCUGGUUACAACAAAGUAUCAAAAAUGUUAAGGAAGAUUCCAUCAAUAAACGUUUUUCAUAUAUCACUCAUGAAGACAUUUGUGACUGCUUCAGUGGAGAUACACUACUAGCAAUUCAAGCACCUUCUGGUACACAGUUAGAAGUUCCUGUACCUCAUGUGGGACAAAAGAAAUACCAGAUCAAUCUAAAGAGCAGUCUGGGACCUAUCCAUGUAUUGCUCAUUAACAAAGAGUCCAGUUCUUCCAAGCCGGUUGUUUUCCCAGUACCUCCACCAGAUGAUCUCCUGCAGUCUGCAGUUCCACUGACUUCCCCUAAACCAAACCAGAGAUUACAAGAGCCUUCAGACCUUAAUCAGAAGCAAUCCCUUCCACAGACUCCAGUGACAGAUAUACCAACAGAGAUCAAUUUACAAGGAAGCCAAGCUCCUGAAACACUGUGUGCCAGUAUUCCAGAUUCUGAGUUGUAUGAUAGCCUUGUAACUGAAACCACGCCUAGCUCAACAAUCCUCCCUUCUUUCCUUCCACUGGAUGUCAAUAGUAUUCUAAAGUCAAACACAUUUGACAUAGCAAAGAUGGAUGAACCUGGAGGUGUUAACAGUGAUAUCAUUGAUGAACUGAUGUCCUCCGAUGUUUUUCCUCUACUACGGCUGUCUCCAACACCCGGAGAUGACUACAGCUUCAACCUAGAUGAUAAUGAAGGAGUCUGUGAUCUCUUUGAUGUUCAGAUCUUGAACUACUAGAUUUGAUGCAACCAGAUUUCCUUAUCUACCUCUAACUAUGUAAUACAGUAGAUGCAGUUUUAUAAUUCAAGUAUUUAAAAUAAUGAAUGCAAAACUCCAUGACUGACCAAUGCUGGGCAUACAUUUUUUUGAACUGUUAUUUUGAAGAGUUUCUAAAUGUAAUGAAAUGCAGAGUUGGUACUCAACUGUUAGAGUAUCUCAGUGCAACUACUUAUAUGCCUUUUUUCAUUUUUUUUUAGGAAGCAGAAUUCUUAAUUCUACUGUUCUGCUUCCAUUAGAACUAGCAAAUCUGAUCUCUUAGGAACUCCCUAUAAUCAUUCUGAAAUUUUGGCCAUAUGUCUCAAACUUUCACUGCCAUUUGUACAGUAAGGGACAGUUUUUUAGGUUAUUCCUCUCCCAGUUCCCUGGAGUGAACCCCAAAAAGAUUCUGUGGAGUGCCUUCUUUAUUAGCACUUUAAAUGUCUUUUCCCCCUUUAUUUCUCACAUUCCUAGAUUAUGGAAAGCACUAUUUGUAGCUCAUAUUAAAGUACACCAAUACUUGUAUAUUAACAAGAUUUUUUUAAAAA